GAAAUGUCAAGAAGAAGAAACGAACCAAACGAAAUGCUAGAAUCUCGUAAUAUUACAAAUAUUUAGAAUUUUUAGGUUUUAAAGCAACUCUUUUCAUGUGAAUUUAAAAUUAUUUACUUGAACCGAUCUUUGUUAACAUUAGCAUUUAGUGUAUUCGCCUUAGUUAAAUUUUAAAACCAAAAUUAUUUGGAACGAAAAUACUUAUCGGAACUGCAAUUAAAUCCAGGCCAAUGUCUUCUCAAAAUAAUUAUCGCGAGUUUUUUGAAUUGUACACAAAACUGUUCGUGUCUUUGGGCGGCAAAAAUCAAUCGGAAAUCAGUCAACGCGUCUCUGCAUUUGUCUCCGAAUCAGCUAAAAGCAAAACCAUCCAUGACGAAUCAACACUGCUGAGUGCCAUCAUCAACCAUUUAACAACAACUCAGUCGGCAAGUGAAGCCAAUGCCUUCCGUACAUCUUACGAUCGACUGGUCCAUUCUAUGGAACCGAAGAGUCGAACAGCCAUCAUAGCAUUUCUAUUUUUUAUGGCCGAUACCAAAAAGUCCGGAACACCAUCAGCAUCCGUCGACCCAAAAAAUGUCGAUAUGUUGAUGUCGGCGGGAAGGAAUUUCUUCUCCAACAAAAUAACGUCUUCCGAAUCUUAUCAGAAUGUGCCAACCGCAAGUUUUAUGCCGAGUUCACAGAUCAGUUCCAGUAUUUCGGACAAUCAACUAAAUAUUCGGCAACGUUCGUAUCAUUCCACCGUUACAAACAGUAGUGCGUCGCGAGACGAUUUCGAUCUGCAUGUGAAUCAACGGAAAUUGGCCGAAGAUCUCGUCCAAGAAGUGAUUUAUUCGUUUACCGGCAUUCAGGGCAAAUAUUUGAAAAAGGACAUCAUUUCCGGCGGUUUCAAAUUGGAUACUAAGGCCAGCACAUUGUCAGCAACCGAUGCUGGUAUGCUGAUACGAUUGGCUCAGCUCGGAUAUUAUCACAAUCACGUCCAAUCGUAUACGGAUCCCAAGUCUGGCAAGGGACCAAUGGGUUUGCUCGGCCAAGGACUGGUGACCGCAUUGAAAGAUGAACUGACCAAAUACUAUGGAAUGGUAGCCAUGCUGCAGGAACAGCUGAACCGUAGCAAACAGUACGAUUCGGCUGAACAGAUUACCCUCAUGAAAGUGAUGCUAUGGAUAGUGGAGCCGAUGCACCGACUUCAAUGGUUGAACACAAUUUGUGAGGCGUGCCAGGAGAAGAAAGGUGGCGAUCUGGCAACGAUUGUUUCUAAUUUUCGCCAGAACGGUGAUCCGAUGGUAAAAUCACUUGUCAAUGAUCUGCUGCUCGCUACAUGCCGUCCAUUAAAACAUAUGCUCAGCAAAUGGUUGUUGGAGGGAGAGAUUGAAGAUCCGCAUUCGGAAUUCUUUGUGGAAAUUUUGCCCGAUGUGGGAAUUGAACGGUUGUGGAGCUUAAAGUAUCGGGUUCGUACGUCAAUGCUGCCAUGUUUUAUAUCCAACAAACUUGCCAACAAAAUAUUAGUCACCGGAAAAAGCAUAAAUUUUCUGCGGGAGAUUUGUCAAGACACCACACCGAUAUCCGGAAAAGAAGAUUUGAAACAGCAUUUCUUGUCAAACAAGGAUGAUGAUCUGGUGUCAUUCAUUCCGGAUACCAAACUGCAUACGCUUAUCGAUAACGUUUAUUACAACACGUCGAAGAAAGUCCUGGACAUUGUUGUCGACGGUCACAAAUUGUUGCACCAUUUACAGGCAAUGAAAAACUAUUUACUGCUCGGCCAGGGCGACUUCAUCGGCACUUUAAUGGAAAGCAUAAAAUCUCAACUGGACCGGCCAUGCAAAGAGCUGCACAUUUACGAAUUGAAUUCCAUUUUGGAUGCAGCGAUUCGAUCAACCACAGCCAAAUAUGAUGACCCGGAUAUUACGAAUCAGUUGACUGUGUCAAUGUUGCACGAUUUCCAUACUGACAGAGGCUGGGAUGUGUUCACACUUCACUAUACUGUUCGUGGACCACUGUCAACCAUGCUGGAACCAUCGAUGAUCAAAUAUCACAUGCUGUUCAAACGUCUGUGGGCCCUGAAGCACGUCGAGUAUGUUGUGUGUUCGAAGAUUUGGAAGGAUAUGAUCUGUCAUGCAAAGCUGCUGCGUUCAAUGAAACAGGAUCUGGAUGCGAUAACAUAUCCGCUGCAACUGUAUACGUCGACAAUGAUCCAUUUCAUUCAGCAAAUUCAGUAUUACAUUUUGUUCGAGGUGAUUGAAUGCUCCUGGACGAAUAUGCUCGAACGGAUCGAAAAAGCGCGUGCAUUGGACGAUAUUCUGGAGGCGCAUCAGGAAUUCCUGAAAGAUGCGCACGACGGUGCAUUCUUCAAUAAAAAUGCCAGCAUUUUCUCGACGAUGGACUCGGCAUUUGCCGCCUGUCUGAAGCUGGAAAAAUGGCAAGAGAACUUCUACGAUCUGUGUAUGAAAGAGUUGAAUGCCCGAAAGGCCGAAGAAGAAAUGAUCCGAACGAGCGGCGCAAAGGGAAAGUAUGGCUUGACGGCCGACAAACGGCUCGAACGAGAUCAGGAGCGAAAGGUGUUCGAGGAGUGUCUGCCAAAAAUGCACUGUGACCUGAAAGUGAUCGGUAAGGAUUUCGAAACGCAUGUGAGAACCGUACUGUUAGCAUUAGCGUCGAGUAAUGAUCACAAUUUGCAAUUGUUCGGCACUCGGCUUGACUUCAAUGAAUAUUACAAGAAACGCGAUCAGAAUUUGGAAGCUCCAUUGAGUUUUGGCAAUAUACGACACAGCAGUAUGAUGAUGCAGAGGCAACGGAACAGCAAUAAUCGAUACAAUAAUUAAGAGAGUGUCACGCUAACACAUCGGGCUAUAUUGUGCUCGCCAUACUUGUUUGAUCUGAUUCCAGUUAACUGAAUUCGUUUUUUUGUGUCGCCCGGUUUUGUUAUCGUGCUGAGUAGCUAACUCAAUUAAUUUGUUCGUGUAAUUUCGCCCUAAUUAAUAAUUAUUUUUACGGUUAGUGCCACCAUUAAAUGCCAUUUUGUUCCAAUAACUGCAAGAAAAAGACAUCAAAAUAACUUAUUUGUUAAUAAAUCUAAAUUUGUUAAUCUCGGAA